GCAUCAGUGGCGUUGGUCUUGGCAAACAACUGGGAGAGACUAUUCUAUUUGCGAUAGCUGCCUAACCGAAUAUCAUUCUCAACCGCCAAGAGCCAAGUAAUCUGCAUGCAGGCCCGGUCGCCUUUAAAUACGAAUGAGGUGAGAUACCCAGGCAGUAGAGGAUUACAACACACGGGCACCAAGUCAAGAGCAUAACGUCGGCACUUUCCUAGCGGUUGUAUCGGCAACUUUGUCAAGGAACCUGAGAGCUUCGGUCUGGAUCGAUGUUUGAAUGAUGUAGCAACAUACUCGAGAUGACGGCUGGAGGGACGAGUCAUCGUGGAGCCUCCUCGCUCCACUGAGCUUUAACUUUCUCUGGAUACACGAAAUGUUCUCGCGAUCGCAGUUUUCAUCUUAACGCGGCGGAUACCCUCAUCUCUGGAAUACUUUGUUAAGCUAUGUUCUCUUUGGAUUAACAUUUACAUUCCAAAUUUCAUUCUUGGAUUAUCUCUGAGGAUUAUCUAUCUUGCGAUCUGGAUUUACCACCAACAACACGUUGUCUCGCCACUCGGACUGGGAUGCACUGAGUCCAUAGCGCGAUGAAUCUGACGACGACUUCGGGUGGAGGAGGGGGUUACCAGGUGCUGGGCAGUCCGCCGGCCACCUCUCCUCCCUUUCUCUCCUCAACGGGGGACGACCUCGGGAAUCUCUCCUUCGACUUCGACUUCGACUCAAACUUCUCAAACUGGACUAACACGACGGACGAACCGACGGGUCUGCACUACACGGUCUGGCAACAAGCCAUCAUCGGUAUCAUAUUAUCAGUGAUUAUCGGAGGCACCAUCAUCGGUAACACGCUGGUAAUCCUCGCUGUAGGCCUUGUGAAGAAAUUACGUACGCCCUCCAAUAUUCUUAUCGUGUCCCUAGCCGUCUCUGACUUAUCUGUCGCCGUAUUAGACAUGCCCUUCGCUGCCAUGUAUGAACUCCGCCAAGUGUGGACAUUGGGAGAGACAGUCUGUGACCUAUGGACAUCUCUGGACGUCAUGCUGUGUACGGCGUCCAUCCUCAACCUGUGCAUGAUCAGUAUAGAUCGGUAUUUUGUCAUCACCCGACCGUUUACCUACAUGAUCAAACGGACCCCAAAGUUAAUGGCGCUGAUGAUUACAGUGGCCUGGGUGUCCUCUGCGCUGAUAAGUAUUCCGCCGCUAAUUGGCUGGAAACAAGAAUACAUCGAUGGAAGGUGUGGUGUCAGCAACGAACUCGGAUACCAAAUCUAUGCAACGAUUGGUGCCUUCUAUGUCCCUUUAACUGUGAUGAUCGUGGUUUAUGGCCGAAUUUUUCUAAUCUCGAAAAGACUAUCGAAGAGUGGAGCCAGUUCUCACCCCGCUGGGCGGCCGGCGGAUCGGCCAAGCGGAGGGUCCGGCGGACCAGGAAACUGGCACAUCCCACCUAUAUCCGCACUAAAGCGUGAUAGCAACGAAGAGAAUCACAAUUUUCCAAAUGGGUCUGCGAAACGAUGCUCGAAAGAUUCCCAAGACGACAGCAAACGGGAAAUGUUGCCGAAAAAGAAUACCAAGUCCAAAUUUCAAUUAAAAAAGUUCGGACAUCGCCAGAGCAGAAACAAUAGUAAAGGAGGCGGUGAAUCGAAGGCAACGAGGACACUUGGCGUCAUCAUGGGUGGGUUUACUUUGUGCUGGCUUCCAUUUUUUAUAUGCGCUCUUUGUAAACCAUUUAAAAUCAACCCGCCACACUGGUUAGAAGCAUUCUUCAUGUGGCUCGGCUUUCUAAAUUCCUUCCUCAACCCCAUCAUCUACGCGAAGUUUAACAGAGAUUUCCGAAAACCGUUCAAGGAGAUUCUGUUAUUCCGAUGCAGGGGUUUGAAUAGAAAGGUCCGUUCAGACAGUUAUGUGGACCAAUACGGUGGUCCUCUGCCGCUCAGAGACAGUAUCCGGCGGGAGAGCAACCAGGCUAAUUCCAGGCGAGAAAGCUUCUUAAAUCCACCCUCCCGGCGGGAGAGUACCCGUCCGUUACCGCCAGCAGAAAGCAUAGUGCGUUGCAAUGUCCAAGGUGAAACAUCCGUACGAUUAGGCAAUGGUGCCCCGCUUGCGGACGGUGAAGCAACGUUAUAGCAUACCAGUGAUGAUAUCAGAGACAUUACUACCGUGUGAUUGUGGACCAACCCUGCUUGGGUUUUAGCCGAGCUCAUUCACGCGUCGGGAAUUGUCAGUAACCCAUGUCAAGAGAAACCCCAGUGAAAACAGUCCUAAUCAGUUGCCGGCCAUUGACUGAAAGAGUUGCCGAAACAUGUCCACGUUCAAUUGAUCAGAAUCAGAGUCCCCAUCUUAGUGAUGUUGCAAGAUAAAAAUCUCUGAGACGGAACGAGGCAGUGAGGGAAGCCUAAAUUAAAAAUAGAUUUGAUGUGGGAAACAGAUUGUUGCACGGAAAGGAUUAUUUGCAGAAGUUAAGACCUGGUUACAACAUGAAUGGUAUUGGAUGGUCUUGAAUAUGAGAACAGUGGUAUACCAAAUAGUUUUAUCAGUUGAUGUAGGAAUAGGCACAGAAAACAAGGUGUAUGUGCCAAGUUGAGCUAACAUUAUGCUCUUGGCCCCUGAUUGGUUGCCACUGAACCAUCUGCUAAAUCUGGAUCUGGAGAUAGAUCUGGACCUGGCUUAGAGGAGCAACAGGUGGAUUAGAUGGAUUACGGAUUACGCCGAUUAAGGAUUAAGCCGAUUGUUAUGACAGCCAAAUAGCAGAACAACCUAGUGCGUAUGAAGGAAUCGAAUGUAGCCAAGUUCGUAUUCGAUGUAGAUACACCUAUAACCGCUAUUUGGUUAUCUAGAUAAAACAUUCUGAAGGAUAUAUACGUAACUGGUAAAUGAAUUAAUUAAAAGGUUAGAAAUGUCACCGAAUGUUUUGUAUUGUGAUAUAGGAUGCUGCUGGAAUAAGGCCAUGUUUGGGUUAUUCGGGGAUUAUGGAAAGUUUACCUCAUGCGAAUAAUCAGGAUGUGAAUCUCUGGAACAGGUACGAAAUGUGCUGUUUUUGCAUAAUCGACUCGAAUUGGAUAAAAAGGUUGGAUAAAUACUCUGGCGUACCCUGUAUAUAUAAAGGUUUAGACGAGUUACAGACCAAUGGAUUUUGUGUGACGGUACAGUUACAUACAGUGAUCUGCUCGUGAAAAUAGACAGCGACCUGGAGGAGAUCACUUUAACUGUUACGACAAAAGCAAUGGCACCGUCAUCAAUUUGUGUACCGCUAUAUUUGUGAAUUUGUAAUAUUUGGGUUUUGUAUAGUGGCUGUUACACCAGGCGAAACCCCGGUUCUGGAUUAUCACACCAAAAGGGGGGUGGUGUUUUCGGUGCUAAGUACCUGCAGAUGGUAAGUGUCAUUAAAGAUUGUGACUGUCAUCUGUAUCAUCAAUGGGUAAGUUUGGGUGUAGUUUAGACUUUCGGGGAGCAUCUGAUACUGUCCAUCUUGAUCCCAAGGCUUUGUCAUCGCUCCUCCCCUGCCUGGCCUCUACCCCCUUCAAACAACUGGGGACGAGUGGUGCAAAGGUUUUAGCUGAUAGUCGGCAAAAUCGUUUGCAUUGAGAGUAGAAGGUGGUCCUUAAAAGUUGAGACUAUGUUCGUAUCCUAUCCCUGGUGAUGGUGCCGGGUGAAGGUGACACUCACUCCAUAAAUCUAUUGAACAAAGCGUAAAUUCAUAAAGUGAGCUAAAUGUUUUAUGUACAGGUAUAUGUUUGUAGUGAUGUCUAAUACACAAAAAAUGUGACGGCGCUGGUAUUCUUGCUAUGCUAGCGCCCUCUGUACGUAUAAUUGUGUACCAUUAUACAGUCACGUUGACCAGAAACUGUUUUAACAAUUACUGUAUGUCAUUCGCCAUCGGUGGGUAAGGUUCCAGUCUAUGUAUAUAUUUGUUAUAUAUAUGAUGCUAUGUAGGAACGGCAAUGUGUGUAAAUAACUCAAACUUAAGUUUGAGAUAAUGUUAUGUACUAAUUUUAUGUAAAGAUGUACAUAUAGUUGUAUAAAUGUAGAUAAUGCGUGGUACUAGGAUGAAGCUCAGGCACUUGGCGCGGUACUUUAUCAACCAAGACAGUGAUAUUUUAAUCAAAUAUGAGAUAGUGAAUGAAUUUAGGUUUAUGAAGAACGGGUACUUAGUAUCCUUCUUUGGUUUAACCAUGGCAAUAAGAAAACAACAAUCAUGUUCACAAUAUAAUGUUCCCUCUAUUGGCGUGGGACCACACUUUACAGAGUGACUCAUUGCUGGCUUCAUAUAUACAUGUGAGAACAGGCUGUUUGAUGUCACAGGAAGAACGUCAAGUCUUAAGGACAAUCUUGCUAGUGAUUUUGAGUGUGGCAUAAAAAUGGUAGUACAUAUGGUGUCGUCAACACCACAGCGGUAUUCAAAUUCAAUACUGGCCUCGAUGAAGGGCUCCUGUGGUCGAAUGCUAUUUGAACCUGUUCUUCAUGGCAACGUAUGUACGUGUAUUUAUAAUGGAACUGAAUUGCACAUGUGUUACUUUGAGGAUAAAUCAAACUUGACAACGAGACUUACAUUGGAUGUAGACUUGAAUAUUUGAACGUGACAUUCUUUAUGGACGGUUGUCACUUGGAAUACAUGCCAUUUGGUCAAAUUGGCAUUCACUUUCUCAGCAAAAUAGCCUGGCCUGGGGCGCUCUGUACACUGUGUUCAACAGUAUGGUUUACGUGCAAAGCAAACACGUGUCAUCUGAUAGCAUUGACGAGAUUAUUUCAUGGGCUGAGUCACAUAAUAAUAGAAUAAUAACGUACAGGGUUUAUUGGAAGAGAAAAGACAAUGAAAGCCAGUGAAACAAAGCUUGCUUUGAGGGAUAUUUUUUUAGAAGUUUGAAACUUGGUCAUUGUAUUGGUCGGGGUAUUGGCUUAACCAGUUCUUUUUUCAUUUCGCGGGGUUAUUUAGAGCAUAUGCGGUAUUCAGUUUUCAAUUUUAUAAAAAAACAAAAUUGGGGAAAUAUUUUGCUAUCAAGAACUGCCGGAUUGAUACUCCUUUCGUUAAAUUUUCAACCGUUUCUUCGAAUCAACCAAAAAUUUAAAAGUAAAAUUAACCAUGGUUCUGAUAAGUGGUUUCUUACCAAGAAGAGGUUGGUUUGGAUAAUCCGAACAUCAAUAUUCACAAAAUAUACGUAGACGCAAACACAUCAGUAGGGAGUUUCGACAGGUAUAAAUUUCACAUCGUAACACGAUUGCGUUUAGAUUUUGCUAUGGCCGCGUCACAUAUUACGAUACGUGAUUCGUAAAAUUGAUACGAAUUUCGUUAUACCCAAGCGAUUGCGAACUCGCUACAUGUACGUAAGUUAGAAAAAUACGUAUAUACACUAGUGGGAGGCUUUUUCCGACCUUUUAACGGUUUCUCUAACUUUUUCCUGAUUUAUCCGACAUUUCUCUGACAUUUUCCUACUUUGUCCAAAAGGUCGGAUUUCCAUAAAGCUUGUGAAAAAAACUAGGUCUUCCCAAAUUAAUGGCUAAAAAUUGAAUGUUUUGCAAUUGAAUGUUAUGUAUUUUAUUUCAUCAAAUCAUGCAGGAAAUUACAUUAUUUCUGAACUGGAAGUGAAAUUAUUUAUAGAAUCUAUUUUGCGAAUGGAUUUGAGCAUGGUGAACAAUUCAAGAUUUUUUUAAAUUCAAACAAUUGUUUUUGGUAUUCAGCAAACAUGUAGGUAUUGGUCUGUAUCAUGCAGAUAGAUACUGUAAAUAUUUCGCAAAUUACUCAGUUCAGUACGUCAAAAAUAUCUUUAAUGCAUAUGAGGCUUUGUUUUUCUUUAUGCUAUCAAAAUAAGCCUAUUUUCAUAAAUCUCCCCUGCUCAAACAUGGAGUGGUGCAACCCAGAUGCACUCAUGUGUGACAUGCAGUGGGUCCAAGGAGAGGAGCUAAUUAGUAGCCACACUUAGGGUAACUUUGGGUGUUUGCAUCACACCUCAUUAACCCCAUUCACUGAAUUGAGGCCUUUGAUCUUUAAUGGCCUACUUUGGGAAGAGCUACAUUUUCACAUGUUUCAUGGAAAUCCGACCUAAUGGACAAAGUCGGAGAAAAUUCGGACAAUGUCGGAGAAAUGUCGGAUAAAUCAAAAAAAGUUAGAGAUACCGUUAAUAAGUUGGAAAUAGCCUUCCACUAGUGAUAGUAAGUUGUCAGUAAGAAACCUGGCGAAACUCGCUACGUAAGUUAUCAUACAUUGCAGUAAUUGAUACGUUUGUCUUUACGUUUGAAUACAAAUUCUGAAUUCUGAACCUAUCUAAAAGUGUGACCCGUUGUACAAUGUAUUUCCACGCGAGAUGAAAAGGAACUGGUGCGUUUAUUUUUAGCUCUUUAAAUUUCAUGAGCCCACCCUGCUUCUUUGUCAAGAAACAUUUCUUCUUUGUCCAUGAAGUUUUUAUCCGCCUCGUGAUGAGUUCUUCGUCAUUAGCUUCCCUUUCUCGAUCAGGAUAUUCACGAAAAGUACAUAACGUGUCAAGCGCAUUAAAACCAUUCCUUUCACAAUGACCUCUAUUUAUGCAAAUGAAAUCAAAUCAUCAAAAGUAUUCAAAUCUGAAAAGCAUGAAUUUUGGAUCUGUUGAAUAAGGAUUGCUAAGUAAUUGCACAUAGCCGAAGGCAAGGACCAACUUCCUGGACAUGAAAUUAGUGGGGUUUAGAGAGUCUAAUGUGUACGUUUACAUGUACGUGUGUGGAAAUGGGAAUUCCCUUAGUGAUGGCUGCAUGACGAAAUGCGGUUAUCACCAGAGGUCAGUCUUGAAGCUCGUGUUUCGAUUGCGAGUCCUUUACACAUUGGAUUAGUGAUGCUACAUGUACGCGUACGUGAACGUAUAGAGUGGCUUUCACAACCUCUCUUUAUUGCCUGGUUUGAGAAACAUCGUUUGGAAAUAAUGUUACUGUUUAGGUGAAACACCAAUACCUUUGGUUUGUGCUGUGUAUAUUUUGGUAGAGUUAGCUAAAUCUCCGCGGGAUGGAAGAGCUUUCGCCGUCUUUAGAAAGGUUCCAUCGUCAGCUGCAAUGACCCGUCCUACGGAGAAUGUGACAAGUCUAGGUAUGUGUGUUUUCCGUGCAAAGUGACUUCCAUGUAGAUACAAGCGUGCUGUUUUACGCUAUCAUUUGUUUAGUAUCCUUAUACCCCACUUGUACAGUUUCAUAGCGUCAUUUUAAAGAAGAAAUGUUUAUUUUCUAAAAUGUCUGUUAUGAAAAUGUGUUAUUGAGCAGGUUGCAGUUUUAUCUAAGCCUGAUGAAGCGACUACUAAUAACUAUUAUUGGCAUGGCUGCUUCAAACCCGGUAUACUGAAAGUGUAUCCUCAGAAAAUGCAUAAUAUCACAGUUCCCUAUUGGUAAUAUCGAUUAGGAUUUGUUAUUUUAAACUUGUUAUUGAUUUUUCGCAGUUUGACUGUUAUGCGCGCAUCAUGUUUUUAUCGGAUCAAAGCCGAGUCUGCUAGUUUAGCCUCGUGGCGUUGACUCAUCGCAUCAUGGCCUGUUAUUCUAUCGGGAUGGAUAACAACAUACAAAUGCAACGUUAUGAAAAAAAUCAAAUGCGAUUUGCCCACGCUCACCCUUAAUCUAUGAACGCCAACGAUGCGGUGUCAUUUUUCAUUUGUGCAGGAUGGUCAGCUUAUUUCGUUAACCCUGUAAUGACCUAAUCCUUUCGUUUAAAAAUUUAAAACUUGGAAUCCAAUUUGAAAAUUUCUAAUUGUGUAAAUAAGCAAUGAAUAUAAGUUUUAUAUACAGUUUCACCACCUUAAAUAUUCUAAAACUGUGAAGAAAUUUUAUCGUUUCAUGGAUCCAAGGAGAAACAAGCCAUGUUGCUGACACGUAACAAAUCAUAUAGUAGCACCCAUGAAAUCCCCAAGCUCGGAACGAAAUUUCACCCCGGUCUGACGUGUCAGUCUCACAGACACUCCCUAGCCUGGCUGUACUAAUGGCCGCUCCAGCGACUAAACUCUGCUUAGCCCUAACUAAUCUUCCAUAAUGAGUAUCGAUAUAGUGACAGCAUUUCGCAGAGAUAUUCGAUCCGCCGCUCUUAGCAUUGAUUAUAUUAUAAUUGCGCUGAUAUUGAUUGAAAGCUGGCGCGAAAACAUAACACAUCAAUGGAUAAUGAGGAAGAUAGGACCCCAGCUUCCAUCAGUGUCGUUGGUUUCAUUUCUUUGGCAGGUCCAUGAACAAUUCUUGAUGAAAGUAAUUGUUUUGCAAUAUUCGUUGGUCUGUCACGUGCGGGGCUCGCGGUUCAAGUUGCGGGAUCUGGAUCUUACAAAACCAAGGCGAUCCCCUGCUGUUCUUAGGCAGUAAGUUGCCGAGAAGUAAAAGCUCUGUGUGCCGCGCCUGAUCAUUUAAUUGCUGGCUGACAUUUAGAUGAAAUUCCACAUAUAGUUUACAUUACCAGUACGGUAUGUUAAGUUAAUUGCUACCACGUGUACAUGUAUCUUGUUCUGUGCACAGAACUUGUUGUGUUUUGGGUACGUUCUGGUCGUCGAACUCCAAGAGCGUAACCGAUUUUCUGUGGAAGCAGCGGAGACAUGACUGCCACCCAGCGGUCCCCUUCUCUAUUGAAUGACCACCCAACAGCUGAAGGUCAUAAACGGUGUGUUCUCCACCAUAGCUUUCUUUUACCCGUGGGUUACGGAUUAUUCGUCACGGCUCGGAUUAUUAGAGAAAUGUGAUUAAUCCAAGGUCACGUCUCAUGGCUGAAUGUGACCUUCCUCUGUCAGUCGCUUGGGACGCUGUAAAUGAAUAAUCUUCUUACCUACUCAACUCUUGUGUUGCGUAGAGUGUUCUGUCUAGCAGCAGCUGUAGCUGUUGAGAAUUCAUCCAUGUAAACAGACAGAUAGGAUCAAGCCCAUCAGGCUGGCGCGAGACUUGGUGACAUUCACAAAUCAUGUAACACAAAGGUCUGAUCGAGUUGCCUGUUCUCUCUUCAAAAACCUGGAAUUUGGUCCUUGGAUUCCUCUACAGCUAUGUUGGACAAAUAUUGCUGCCUUGCAAAUUUUCCACCCUAAAGAACACAGGGAAGCAUGACCUUCAGGAUCGAGCCAUCAAGUGGCAUCCUGUCUUGUGCUGUAGCAAGAGGCAGAGGAUGAGAAGUCUGUUAUCUCUUUAUCUUCCCAAAUCUUUUAUUUUGUUCUGUUAGUCAUUUACGUGGUUCGGCUAUAGCAAGCAACUGUUCUUGCCUGUAAAUUUCAACACCUAUCAAAAAACAUUUGACCAGAUAUCCUUUUUGGGUCCCUAAUCUUCCAGAUUGCAAUACCUCGAAGAGUGUACAAGUCAGGAACCGUGAUCUUCAGACUCCAGCCAUCAAGUGACAUUGAAAUUGUACUGUAAGAAGAGGGUUGACUAGAAAGUUACAUAUCUCUCUGGUAUUGCUCCUCUGACCAAACUUUAUAUUUGUUCCUGAUGCGGCAAGCAAGCUGUUGCGGUUUUGAAAGCCAGGAAGAGCUUAAGGACCUCAUCAUGACAUUGCCAGUUAUCCCUCCUGAUAUCUUGUCGAUAAUGCACUCAAAGCCUCGCGUUAUUUGGAUGAAACCUUGCCAAUAAUUUCCACGAGGCCUUGAGCCGGAUAAAUUUGAUGUGGACAUGUCCAUAACAGCCGGCAUGACAAUUAUGUCACUCGCGCUGAAGCAGUCUUUUCCGAGUGCCAACAUUGGAAAGCAUGUCAUUUGAAUGGCGCGGUGUCUUGAAUUGUGUGUCGCGUAACGUCUGCUGGGGACGUUUGGCGUGUUUGAGUAGAUGCUAGCACGUCUCUUGUCACUAAUGGCGCAAACAUUAGUCAUACACUUAAGACGUGUGCGGCUGACAAACAAAGGCUACCGUGUCUCAAUAUGGUGUAGGGUUUGACUUAACAGUGGCAAAGCUUUCGAUUUCUAGCUUAAAUUCUCAAAUUUCUAGUUUCGAUCCGAUAAUUUGGUCAUGCAUACAAAGGGCUGUGCACACACGAUCGACUCUCAAGAUGAGCAUUGGCGUGCAGCGCGUCUACUGCAGCGUCCUUGACCUUGUGGAGUUGGUUUCGUUUCUGCUUGUAAAGGUCCCAGCUUUCUUUGCCAAGAACGAAUUUGACUUCUAAAAUCCUUUUAGUCAUAACUUGAACGCUCUUUUGUAUCAAACUUUGAUUCAUCUUUCUUGAUUUCAAAUGUAGAUGAUUUUGAUGCUAUUUUUUGGCUAACUCUCGAAAAACACAUACCGCCAUCUCAAAAAUAUUACAUUCUCAGUCUUACUCAGCGUCAUUUCUCUUGUGAAUUAUCAAAUGCCGUUUCAUUUUUAUUGCCAUUUUUAUUACUUUGGAUGUCAUACUGAGCAUGCUGAAUACACAAACAAAAAAUAACGUUUUCAUAGGUAAACGCAAUGUAAAGAAUCCGCCAUGCCGUGUGGUAUUCACAGUUUGCAUGUAUCAUUGGCCGUGUACUAUGCAUUCAAAGGAUUAUGAUCUGGCAGAUGCCAAUUGCCGAUUUUCAUGGAAGUUAUUCAGGUCAUCCUAUGGCAAGAAACACAUGCCGGGCGCCCGCAUACUUCACCGAUUUCUUUCAACUCAAGAUUGUUGCGCGUUAGAAUAAUCAAUACAUGUGCGCGCCUGUAUAUUUCACCGCGUGCAUUUAUUGAUACAUGAAAUCUACAUUGUAGUGUAUCGUUUGGUAUACGAAUGCACCAGCACAGCACGCUGCAAAUUCAGCGUUUUAUGAUCGAUUUAUUGUCAAUUCAUGCAGUGUCUAAUGUAGCAAACCAAGACGCGUGUUAUGUGAAUUGAUUGACAGUCUUUAAUUGAUGGCAUUGCUCUGAAAUUAACCCAUUCUUCCUGACUGCAGACUCACUUUUGUAUUUGCAGUGAUGCGCGCAAAUUAGGCUGUUUAGCAUCUGGUGGUGUUCCCUUCGACAGCGUUUGGGGUUUUGAAUCGACGCCACUUGGAGGCUCUAUCAUGAAUGUACAAUACUGAAAUACAUGUAUGUUCUUAAGCUGCCCCAGCGAAAUCCAGCUAAGCUUCUCCUUGGAGUGACCAGCGUAUGUAAUAAUUAACUGAAAUAUGAGCCACGUGCUGCCACCUUGUCUAUGAACAAUUUGACUUAACACACACAGAAAGAAAACAUGUGCUGCACCUGGAAUUUAGUAGAGCGGAUGUUUGACUUGGCUCUUUUAGCCCUAGGUACAGGUGAUCCAAUACUACAUAUUUUGAGUGGUUCCCAGUUCCCACAUCUUGACCACCAAGGUUUUGCAUCUCAUUGAGAUAUUAAAAUUGCCUUCAAUUAAAGGCAGUUUAAGACCAUGAGGUUCAGGAUGAGUUCCCAUCCGGCCGAAGUGUAAGAAUUUGUGGUACUUCGUUCUUUUAGCUGCAAAUACAGGCAACAUUCUUCAAACACGACAGAAGUGUGGCUAGAGAUGUAAUCUCGCGUUUAUCUCUUGGCCGAAUCGAAGCUCAUUUGAGCAGCAGCCGGCGUGUUUCCCUCGCGAUACCUCGCGUUCAUUCUCCCAGAGAGUCUAAUCUCUGGCUGGUAGUGGCUGAUAAAACAUAGCAGCAAUAUGCCGCUACUCCAUUUGCUUUCUUCGUGUUCUUAAGAAAGAUUGCCUUCGGGGGUCUCGGCAAGAAAGGUGAUAACACGGCCGGCAUAGAUCGAUAAACAUAGAAGACGUUUUCCCACAGGAUUGAAGAGGUAUCCAUAAAGUCCGGCCAAGUAGUUUAGGGUGGCAGUCCAUCAAAACUAGUGGCGAACUACAAAACGUAAUCAUCCUAAUUUGUCCAAUGCCGAUUUCAUUGGCCUAUUCCAGUGGUAUAAUCACCAGCUAGUUGCUGGAGGAUUUCAAAGGUUAGGAGAGGGAAUGUCAAUGAGGCCAUCGACCAGUUUGAGUCCAUUUUGGCCCCAAAGGUGUCUACAUCACUGCGCCCUCGUCAUGCAGUCGGCGCAGACGCAUGGUCACGGUGGGCUAGAUUGAAUAUCGCUGACACCUAGUUGGGCAUAGUGCAUGACUCAACAUGCUCCCUGUGUGUUAAUUCCUUGAUCAAUUUAUUUCUGUGUGCUUUGUUUCUGGGCGGAGUUCCAUGACACCAACGGUUUUAUCUUCCCCAACAGCGUUGACCAUGACGGUCUUGGCAGAUCUCGCUGCUCCGCAACAGCUUCUCUUUAAAAUCUCUGUCUCCCUCAUUGCGAAGAUACCGCCUCAUUCACCGCUUUUAUCUAAUGCAGACGCGCCACUCCUUACCAUCCUUGGUUUACGUGCCAAAGCGUAGAUUGUUCAUUGUCUGCCUAAGCCAGACAAGCUGGGUAAGCAACACCGCGAUACGUUCUUGGCUGCUGUCGCCCAGAGUGUCGCUGUCAUCUCCCCAUUUGGAAGGAUAUCAGCGCGUUCAGUAGUGGACAGUGUCAGCCACGUUUGAUUUGCAUGUAUUUGGCUUCAGAGCUGAUGUUGGGCUAUAUUACCAAACCUUUUGGUGAGCCGAGAACUCCCGCCAUCUACCGAGAACUACCGAGAACUACCGCCAUAAGCGCUUUUCUUUCAUUCGAACAGUAGCCAGGUUUCGCAACCCUCACGAGCAGCAAUUUACGAAGUACGAACGAAGUAUGAAUUUCUGCGCGAAUCGUAAAUGGGCUUUCAUACUUAAUAGUAUAGCAUGGGGAUCGGGAAGUUCGUCAAAAAUCGUCGUCGUUAACACUAUAAUUGGAGGGUGAGCGUGCGAGGGUCGUGAUGCAGGGAAUAACUAAAUUACACUUCACACAAUCAUAAAAACAGUGGCAAUCCUGUCACAAUUUAAUGAAGGAAGUCAUUCAGUUUGAAAAAGGUGUAUUGCGUUUAUUUUGAGACACCAAGAUAGGCCAGUUGAUAUGAAGAUUUGAGAGAGAAACAAAAAUCUCACAGAUCAGUUAGUGAAUUAACAAUAUAUUAAAGGGCUACGCCGUUCGUUCAAAGAUUAACUAGUGUUGGACUAACUACAUCCCUAUUCCUGUGUUUAACGCCAUGCGACGCCAUUAGUCAUUUAUACCUGCAUGCUCGCGCGUUAUCUGUAUACCAAUGAGGCGUAGUUAAAUAACCCAAUUCGCUGCACGUUAAUUUAGACUAUGUGUGCUCUACUGGGUUGAUCAUAUGAGAAUACUACAAGGUGGGUGUAUUGUUUUAAUCAUCGCAAAUCUGCCAGAAACGGCGAGUUUUCUCUGGUGCCGGCACGGAAGUGGCGCGUGUCACUUUCAUAGAAACGACCACCAAAGUAAACAAAAGGCGUAGACUUUAAGUUUGUCAAUAUGAGUAUACGAUAAGGCCAGUGUAACUGUAUCUUCAUUGACGCAGAUCAUACUGCGAGGAAACUAGCAGACAAGGUUUCGGUUAUAACAUGAUGAUCGCCCCAGGCAUCUCUGGUGAAUUCAUUUAAGCUCGGAUCAAAAUACAGGCUACAGGGCGUUUCAUAAAAGCGGGUCAAUUUCAAAUCAUGUAAAUAUGCCAAAAGUGAUGUCGCUCGAAUGUCCCGAAUGAAUAAAUGUUGUGAGUCGUGUUUCAAUUGCGUUGUCGGUGUAGAAGGAAUUUAUGUCCCCUAGAGAGUGUGUCCAUGUAAAACAGAAUCUAUUGUGUAGGUUUACUCCUUAGGUCAUCAGUUACUGGCGACAUGUAUCUUAAUCCGACGUUGACGAAUAGGUCAAGACACAAUUCAAGGGGACAUUCUUUCCAGUUACACCGGCAUUACCAACACAUUAUGGGAUGGUUAGUCAAGGACGCAUCUGGUCCAGAUGGUAUCAUUAAAACUUCUACGAUACGAAUAAUCGAAUUUUGGUUGCGUUUACGUCAUUUUAGUUUGCUUUGAGCCAUGUGAAGCCAUGCCAAAAUUUUCAUUAAAGGCGUUGUGAUAAAUCCGCACUCAUCUGGUGCAAUCACCAAAUUCGUAUACCGUCAUGACCGUCAAACAUCCUAAGUCAAGUUGAGAAUGUUAUCUCGUUAAUGGUAUGGACACAUUUUGAAGAAAGAGUUAGGCAUAUUUAAUACCUUACUUUUUCUUCAAAACUUAAAGAUUCCUUAAAUAAUGGAAAACCGUGAAGACUUUCAUCAUUUCUAGAAAGCUAGUUACAACCGCUUUUUUAGGAUGAGACGACUAUUCUGGUAAAUUCUGAUGAGCAAAUUCAUUGCUUUCGGGUUUAUUGAACGAAUACGGAGAAUCUGUACAGUAGUUCUAAAAUUUGCUUCAUGAAAACAUCGUAUUGUAAAGAACAGUCAAAUUGCUCCAAAGCAUUGGUUCUUAAAACGUCGUUUAUACCUGAUAACCCUGCCGAUUUCAUUAUCUACUCUAUUGUUAAAGUGCACAAGUGUUUGUUUUCAGUUCUUUGAGUACCUUAGGUUCAUUUCAACGCUGAUAGUUCUUAAUGAGGUGCAGAUAAGUUAUAUUGGGGGAUUAGCCUAACGGUAGUAAUUUAAGACCAUUACUGCCGUUGUUGCAGGUGUAUGAUGCAUUUUACGAGGGAUGUUUUCUGAUUUACCAACUUAUCAAACUUACUAUGAAACGAACAAGUGUACGAGGGCGGAUAAAUAAGUUUGACAGCUUUGCUGCUGAGGCAAAACCGGAAGUUGCAUCAUGCUGAUGUCUCUGCGCAUUCGUUGAUAUAAAUCUUUGGGAGCUUUCACUCAAAUUUCGGCGUUUUAUCGUUAUCCUUUAACCCUUGAGUGGCAACUAAAUUAUGGCCAAUAACUGACUGUGAAUUUUUGUCAACAUUUGGAUUUUUUCAACAACAUACUUGUUAAUACAUAUUUUUCCAGAGUGCGGAUCAUUAUAAAAACAGCAGAUUCAGAGGUUGUACUGACCUCCGUUAAACAGACUGCAGUUCCUGUAAUUGUAGGAGCAUGAGGAUAAUUUUACAUAGAUCAGCUCAUGAACGUUGCAUCUUUGGAGUAAAGGUGUUGUCAAAAGUCUCUGAUAAUCCCUUUGAAAGGAAUACCUUGUUGCUAAAACUCAUCGAUCCGCCCUCGUAAGACCACCUGGGCCUGCCUUUACCACCCUUGAAAGAACCGUUUUCUAAGUAUGUUAGUUAUAAGAUUUUCCUUCGGGAAGUGUGUGGCCAACUGCCUUAAUUUACCAUUGUUAUAUUAGUGCAUGUCACUACAAGUUUGGUAAGACACUUUCUCUUUUUAAUAUGGUCAGUGUAAUAGCUAUGAACCAGAAAUGAUACCAGACAUUCAAACGUCGGACAAAUAUCAAAUGUCUAGAGAGUUCAAAAUCCAUCAAAAACACGGAACCUGCAUUCAAGCUUUUCAUCAGUAACAUUUCCGAUAUUUUCGUCUUUUCUGACUCGGUAGAAAUUCAGUUUGUUAUGAUGGCAUUGGCAUUCAUAAUUUCGAUGCUGAAACGUGAGCGACUUUGAAUUUCCAGCGUUGCUUUGUUUCUUAUCAUGUACCAAAUAACACUGCAAUUUCAACCUGGUGUAGAAGUUUAAAAUGUCCUAGGAUAAAAUGUCCGGGAACAAAGGAUUCUAUUAUGCGCUUCAAUCUCUGAGCUAUUGACGGUCAGGGUCUCUAUAGAACCAUAUUGCAGAAUACAAUAGGGCCGGACACUUUUUCCAGGGAGGACACUUUUUACUUUUACACCGGCUCUGACAGAUUUAUCCCCCUUGAAACUCUAACGUGUUUCCUUAGUAAGUCUUCUCACAAGGGGUUGGAAUUACAAUUGAUACACGUGGCGAUUCCCAGAUGGAUAAGCCAGACCCUCAACAUCAUUAUUACACGCAUACGAAGCCUGUGAAUCAACUGUCGCCUCCUGUUACUAAUGGAACACACAUGUCAAAUUGCGGAGAUUAGGUCAAAACAGCCUCAUUCACUCAGCCGUCGAUUUGUACGCACACUCUAGAGUAGAUUCAGCUUUAUAUCCACGGCUGGGCGAAAGGCAAACGAGCUAGGGACGCCAUUUGCAUUAAAAAGGGUAGUUGUCUUUCUUCUUACUCCAACAAAGUUAUGGUCGUACUUACAUCUAUUUAUCAAGACUCGUUUAUAUAAUUAAAGUUGUAGUAGCAUUUUUUACUAGUGAAGAGAAUAGAUAGGUCUGGGCGUAGGUCGGUGAGUAACUUAUUCAACAAUUUGUUCAUUUUAGUUUAUAGUUUUGUAGAGUUUUCACCCAUUUCGAGUAGGAUUUGUUGGAGUAAUCUUUCAUCCACUUAUUGCUGACAAACAUUAUACGGCUAUGCGAUUAUGAAUAGAAACAACAAAUAUGAUUUCAGUUUGUAAUUUGUGUUUUUUAUUGUUUAGAUCUUUACUUGAUAUGAUAGCCCAGACUGUGGAAUUAAAUACAGUGUUUUAGCACAGAAUACCCAGAACAACGUUUGAUAAGACAACCCCGGGAACCUUUUGUUAUCGGACAGCCUCCCCACCAUUUGAGAAACCGUGUCAGAAGCACUUAUUAUACAUGGUCACCAGUCUUACACCUCUCAGUGUGUCUAUAUUUCCUGGGUUUGUUACUGAAAGCCUGUUAAGCUCGUAAUAUUGGCAAGGUGGGACUCUUCACUGUUCGCGGCAUGUUUCGAUAGGGAACAGCAAUUCUGAGAGAUGCAACUCGCCGGUGUCAUAAAUGUUGCCGGUUUUCGAUGUCAGGUAUGUUUUUGGAACACUGAUGAUUGGAAACAUUUGGUUGUAGGAAACGCUAUGCUCUGAACUGCGAAGAAAUGACGUAUACAAUGUAUAUAGUAGUUCAACUUAAAAUGUUGGCCUGGAAGCACGCAUUGUUAAUAGUGUUUUUAAUGGUUUUUGUAAAUGGUGGUUUCAUCAUCGAUCAUUUGGCAUUGUUUUACUUUGCAUAUUGGGGUAUUUCGAAUGUUUGGCCCAUUCCCGUUGGAUAUUACGGUCAAGUCAUUAUUGUAAGGCAGAAAGGGUUAAAUUUUUCUAAUGAAAACGCCACCGAGUAAACUCUCUUUUCCAUGGACAAAAAAACAUAUCAAAAUUUUUGAUUUUUAUAAAACUGCGUCGCGUAUUUCCCUACGGUGGUGUCUAGCAACGCUUGCUUCAUAUGUCUCUGUAUUAUUGCUUUCUAAAUACUAGCAUGCUGUUCACUAUUUAUUUUGCACUAAACCUUUUGAAAAACUGAACCGCAGUACUACUCACGAGCGCCAGCCAAAGUUGCUCCACAAUCUCCACAGAUCGCGGAGAGAAAAAAAACAUAACUGACCAACGAGGAGCGUUUAAUGCUGCUUCACCGUUGAUAGUGUUUGCCAAGGAUCUAAUGAAAAUGGCGAAUUUUAGAAGAUUUCGUGUCGAAAAUUUGUGAAAUUGUGAAAUUGUGAAAUCCAGUCAUCGGUAAACGGUUCAUUUACGGCAGCUUUAAUUUCAGCGCCGCAUAAUAAAGAAACUGACGCGCUAAAUUCACUUUAACACAUCUUCAGCCUCAGCGUCUUAAUGUUCUAUUAGAUGAAAUAACAGGCUUCGGGGUUGAGUACGUUGCCAUGGCAGCCGAUAUGUGAUGCCAUGUCGAGGCCUUCGUAAAUGUACGCGGGAAACAGGCCAAAAGUGUUACAUCUACCAGACUGUCUGAUAUUUCGAAUCUUUUGUCGAGAGUUUUGCCUGGACUUGCACACAAGGCUAUCACUAGCACCAACCACUUUGCGAUGUAUUGUACAAUGAUGUAUAUAUUCGUCCAUACUGAAACAGGGUUACCAUGCAAAAGAGAGUUACUGUGCGGAACAUCAAUUUGGGAGCUUGGAGAGUUUCAAGUUUUGUUUCGGAAAGGCGACGAUGAAUUAAAGGCGCUCCGGCGGCAAGUUUUGCUCAAGCCUCAUACUUAAAUAAUGUCAAGACUAUUAUUUUGACUGGCAGCAGUAACUGAUCAAAGCUCACCUACGUAUUUGGAAGAUGCAUAAUAACAUAUGUUUGCCGCUUUGAUUUUGCAACACCCUGUUGUAAAAACCGAAAGCCUGCUGUCGCCGGAAACAGGAACUUUGGGACUUUCCACGCUCUCCCCAGCCUUGGUGUUUGUCGUGCUUAACAUAACCAGAACCAAGAAAUACGUGCAUAUUUACAUCGAAUGCACAUUUUCUUUGUUUCAAUAUUAAACGGCCAAACACACGUUUUGAGUGGUCAAUAAAACUUACGAAUGUCACGUCGACAUUGAUAACUUAGCUGGAGAUUCUGCCAAAUGUUUUUUUACUGCGUUUCAAUCGAACAAUAUUGCCGAAUACAAUCACCACUGUAUCAUUUGCGUCCUGUAUCAUUAUUGUCAACGUGCCAAACAUUGAGCAGACGAUAGCAAGCCCGUAGCUGGCUUCUCUUUGGUCCUCCGUUUGUCUAAAAAUGAGCCAAAAUCCGCAUGAAAAACACGUUUUUGGACCCUUGGGGAGGGGAGCAUUCCUACCCCAUCCAGCUGGGCCCCGGAUAGGUGUCGCUCAAGUGAAUCUUACAACUUCUUGAGAAUUUCGGGCAACUUUUCACAAUGAGAUAUCUAUUUUCUUGGGGAUUGUAUACUGUUGUUUCUUGGUACAUGUACUUGCCCCUUUGGUGGUCGGUGGUAAUAGUGUCAGUUAACCAAACGUUCUGAAACUACAAGUACAUAACACCCAUCUGUUCUCGAAGUUUUUUCCUUGCUGCAAGAUCAGAACUCUCGUGAGAUUCUCUCGUGAGUAUUCAGCCUCCGGGAUAACAGUUUUAUGGUAGCCUAAAGGUAUAACCAUAACAUUUUGUCAUCAUGCCUGUAUCUAUCAAAAGCGAGGGUCACGAACUUCUAACAACGGGUUAUUUGUAACAAGCUACCUGAUUGGUCAAGUCAAAACCAAUAAACCAACGCACACCAAUCAAGCUUCUUACGAAAGCGUUAUCUUUUAUGCCUGAUGAUAAGUCUACAAAAUGAGCAAAAAUAAAAUUUUGCGCUUAGAUAUGCCGACAUUUUUGGUAAAGAGGCUGCAAUUUUCUACUGGUGUGGAAGAAUCUCAGGAAAGCCCCGGGCCUGUCAAAAUCGACGUAACCUUUUCAUUCAAAAAGUCGUCUGCCCUUCUGUAGGUUUCAUUUUUAUUCGUAAUCGUGGAAAUUACUGUGAUCUCUUCCUGCGCCUUUAGCAGCAGCGGUAUAACGUGCAGACCAUGCCACUAAUGUAUAGCCUCUCAUGCAUAAAUCGAUUAAAACAAAUAAUUUUAUACAUGAAAUGUUAAAA